AUGUCUCAACAGCGGAGCACUUUCCCCGGCACCGGGCGGCGAACCAUGGACACCAGGCCGGCGUGGAGACGACAGGGCGGUGGAGUCCGGCACUUGUUGGUGGGGCUGGUCGCGCUCCUCAGCGGAACCUCGCAGUUAUCGCUGGUGGACGCCAACUCGUGGUGGUCAAUGGCGUUGACCCCCAUUCAGAGGCCGGAGAUGUACAUCAUCGGAGCUCAGCCGCUUUGCAGUCAGCUGUCCGGUCUCUCCCAAGGUCAGAGGAAGCUGUGCCAGCUCUACCAGGAUCACAUGAUGUACAUCGGGGACGGAGCCAAAACGGGCAUCAAGGAGUGCCAAUACCAGUUCAGACAGAGGAGGUGGAACUGCAGCACGGUGGACAACACGUCCGUCUUUGGACGUGUCAUGCAAAUCGGUUCCAGAGAAACUGCCUUCACGUACGCCGUCAGCGCGGCCGGCGUAGUCAACGCCAUCAGCCGGGCCUGCCGCGAGGGCGAGCUGUCCACCUGCGGCUGCAGCCGGGCGGCACGGCCCCGCGACCUGCCUCGGGACUGGCUUUGGGGCGGCUGCGGCGACAACGUGCACUACGGCUACCGCUUUGCCCGCGAGUUUGUAGAUGCCCGGGAGCGUGAGAAGAACUUCCCGAGGGGCUCUCCGGAGCACUCGCGCACGCUCAUGAACCUGCAGAACAACGAAGCGGGACGACAGGCGGUGUACAACCUGGCCAACGUGGCCUGCAAGUGUCACGGUGUGUCAGGCUCGUGCAGCCUGAAGACGUGCUGGCUCCAGCUGGCUGACUUCCGCCGCGUUGGCGAGUUCCUCAAGGAGAAGUACGACAGCGCCGCCGCCAUGCGUAUCGGACGCAAGGGCAAACUGGAACAAGUGGACAAGCGCUUUAACCCACCCACUCCGGAAGAUCUGGUGUACAUCGACCCAAGUCCGGACUACUGCCUCCACAAUGAGACUACGGGCUCGCUAGGCACGCAAGGCCGCCUGUGCAACAAGACGUCGGAAGGCAUGGACGGCUGCGAACUGAUGUGCUGCGGCCGGGGCUACGAUCAAUUCAAGACGUACAAGCACGAGCGCUGCCACUGCAAGUUCCACUGGUGCUGCUACGUCAAGUGCAAGCGCUGCACCUCCCUGGUCGAUCAGUUUGUCUGUAAAUAA